AUCUCCCAGGUCGCACAGUCCUUACUGUACACGAACCCCUCCCUGAUCGUCAUACACAACCUUGGAACACUUGCCCGGAACAGCGGGUCCGAGGGGUGCAAUUGGGCGAAAUGGGCCAACAAUUCGUGGCGUAGGUCUGCUCACGUCUGCUCCGCCCCAUGAAACGCGGGGCGUUCACCCGUUGGCCACAUUAUUUAUUAUCCAUCUGCUGCCUGGGGUCCUGAUGUCCAAGUCCAUACCACCAUCGCUACUGCAACCGCCUUGACGACAGUCGUUUUCCUUCGCUCAUUGAGCCCUCUUUCCUCCCUCUCCUUUAGCGGUACUUUUCAAUCGCUCACGAUGCAGCGCCUCCAGCGCAAGGUUGGGCGCUUCCUCCCCAGGACGCCCAACGAAGCCGACAUUGAAGCAAUGCUGAGGGACUUCAACGACUCGGACCAGAUGCUGGAGAAGAUCGAGAGUGCUGCAAAGCAAUGGCGCGACGCCUGGACCAAUAUCCUCGCCCACCAGCUGGCCGCCAUUGAGUGCAUGCACUCCAUCUACAAGCCAUUGGGUGCGAAGAGCAGCGACUACGGUUCCCAGGUCGCCGUGGAUACACCGGCCGCGACCUUGGAACGCUGCGCCCAACUGCAACAAGCCUUCUCCGAGCUGAAGACAGACAUGAUGGAGGAAGUGGCCGACAUUGAGAAGAAACUCAUCACGCCAGCCAGGAUUGCACGUGAUUCUUUGAAGCCUAUGAAGAAGGCCAUUAAGAAGCGCGAGGAUAGAAAGGUCGACUACGAGCGCUACAAGAGCCGUACGGAAGCAUUGCAGAACAAGAAGACCCGAUCAGAUCGCGAAACUUCAGCGUUGAUCAAGCACGAGAGUGAUCUCACAAAAGCAACCCACGAAUACCAGUACGCCGACGAGGCCCUCCGCACUCAACUGCCCCGCCUGAACGCAGCCACCUUUUCCCUCCUGCCCCAUCUUCUGGCCAACCAGAUUGUCUUGCAAAACAACCUGAUAGGAAAUUUGUACACUGUUCUGAACCAGUAUUCCAUUGAGCAAGGCUACCCAGACCCUCCCCCGGAGCUGGAAGAGGUCGUUCCAGUGUGGGAGUCUGCCUUCACACCUCUGCGGACGGAGUUGGAGUCUUCGCUUGAGCUCUUACGGACGGGCAAGGCAGUGCGCCAGCCGAUGCGACUACCAGACCAGGGCAGUAGCUUGACUGGAUUGGGAAUCCGGAACAAAGUCAUACCCGGACGAAGAUCUAGCAGCAAUACCAGUGUCCCAACCGUGAAUGCACCUCGGUCACCCCGCCCUGGGCACACCUUAGCUCCUCCGUCUGAGGGGCCGCCUGUGCCUCUCUCCAACAAGCCGUCCAUGUCUUCUCUCAACACGUCUACACCCAGACUCGGUGCUUCGCCUGGCCGACUAACACCGCCGAGCGCGACCGACCAGUGGGGAGGCAGUACGCCGACGGUGUCUUACGCCUCAGCAAAUGGUGCAGGUACAAAAGCUAGCCACGACGACUAUUUUGGUCGGCAGCGGAUCCUUUCAACCGCGUCAUCGCCAAACCCGGCAGCGGGAAAGAAGAAGCCUCCCCCACCUCCGCCCAAGAAGAUUGGCUCCUUCCAUGGGGAAUACGUGACGGCCAUGUACGACUUUGACGGGAUGAAUGAGGGCGAUUUGACGUUCCGGGAGGGCGACCGCAUUCGGGUGGUGAAGAAGACGAACAGUUCGCACGACUGGUGGGAGGGUGAGCUACGGGGAGAGAAGGGCAGUUUCCCUGCCAACUACUGCAAGUGAAGGGAAACAAGAGUUGAUACCGCCGUCCACUUAUGGUUCUCGGAGGGCGAUGAUGAGCAUGUAGUCAGCUUGGUGUAUCAUUCGAUAAGGAUCACUCGCAAUAUCAUGUCGUGGAUCAUGCGCUCGCCGAGUACAUUUUGCGGAUUCCCGUGCUGCAACUGUUUAAUGCCUGUACAACCACAAACAUGAUGGGAACCUCGUAGACACGGUCAGUAAAUAUACAAGUCGUGAAGCUUCGAAUGGCCCCCACCCUGCCCUCGGCUGAAGCGCACGUGCCCGUGCGGGUGACUGCUCGGGUGAUGCAGCCUCACCUGCAUGAUCUGCAAUUCGCCCUCUUCUCACCUUAUCACUAUUAAACUAGACUAUGGACACUCUCGAG